ACUCGGACAACUAAAUAACCUCAACUCAAUUGUCUUCUUGUCACAAAACCUUAAAAACAUACGCAUACGCAUACACAACUAAAACCCUAGAAAAACCCAGAUCAAAACCUACAACAAUGAAGCUUCUCACACACAACAUGUUAUCCUCCAACAUCAAGGGCGUCACAAACGGCUUUCCCCUCAAAAUCGAGGCCGAGAAAAUCAUCGAACGCCCCGUUGAAAUCAACCCCGUCUUCUUGAAAAACAUGUUUGCAAAGCUUGAGUGGAAGCCACUUGUGGAAGCUUCUAGAACAAUGGGUUUCUCUGAAUUGCCUGAGGAUGUUCCGGAUAUGUCGGUUCUUGAUUCUGACGAGUUUUUGCAGAAGUUUCAUCAUGCGUUGUUGGAGAUUCAUUUGGAGGAAGGGGCUCUUGUGUGUCCUGAGACGGGCCGGAAGUUUCCGGUGCAGAAGGGGAUUCCGAAUAUGAUGCUUCAUGAAGAUGAGGUCUAAUAAUUUGUUUAGUUUUGUUGGAAAAUGCUUGUUUGAAUUUAUGAUUUAUUUGGGAUGUUAUGUUAUUGGAUGGAUUUCGGUUUGGUAAUGUGAUUGUUUUGUUAUUGCGGUUUCGAUGCUUGAA